UUUGUUGACGCUAGCUAGAGAGCUUGCUGAGUAGAACGAGACUUCGAUGAUUACAUUUAACGUUAGCUUGCUACCUAGCUGUCCUCAUUAGCAUACCCUGCUUAGGACCAUAGACUUUGCUUAGGUUUCCUACCCAGCUAGCUAGCUAGCUAGCUUGCUAUCUGACCAAUGUGUAGUGCCCCACCAUAUCUCCCCUCUGUGAUGCUGGAGCUUUUCUCGUUUGACAGCCGGAUGCGAGUGACAUAAUCUUGUAACGUUAUUAUUAACACUGUUUCAUGAGUACACAUAUUAAUAUUGUAAUAUUAACAUCAAAUUGGGAGUUUGCAAUGUGCAGUAACAAUGCCGGCUAAGUUGACGAUUUAGGUUACUGAACAUUGUCGAUGGCCAACUUUUAGAGAUGGUUUUGGGCGUAAACGGCUCAAUCCCAGGCUAUCUUGCGGCCGUCAAGCUAGCUUGCUAGCUGGGUUGUUAGCUACGCGGUCAAUACAUUUAAACAUUAUGGGCAGACCUAGGAAUUUCACUAGAUCAGGCAUGCUAUAUUCAUAAACCUUCCCGGGAAGAGCUGACUGUCGGAAGAAACUACCUUGACACUUUUUAAGGACUAGGGGGGUUCAUGAGCAGGAGAGGUCGUUUUUGGACGUUGAAGCUGACCUCUUCUAUGUAGAAGACAAGAGCCAGCACACUGAUGACCGGGCCAGAAGCUGACCCUGAGCCUUGAGUCAGAAGAGGAGCGGCUGGACUGAUGAUGAGCAUGACUUUCAGCCAAUCCGCAGAUGCAUGCACGCUCACAGGGCCCAACUGAGAACCCCUGCCCCGCCUCCCAGUUUUCAGCCGGCCAAUCCGAGGGGCCGUGGAGGUGGGGGGUGUAGGUAGACACCACCCCUCCUCCUCCACAUCCCAACCCCUCCCAGUGCCGAGGCUGAAACCCCACGUGCAAGACUGGCGCCCCUUGAUGGAUCAGGCCAGUAGCGAGCUGAGCCAGGAGGAGCUGGAGGCGGGGGGCCGCGGCGCCCCGGACCUGGAGGCGCUCGGCCGGAGGGCGUCAGAGCCAGAGCAUGGCCUGUCCAAAAUCACCCACAACGCCCGGGAGAACAUGGGCGCGCUGGGCCACGGCCUCAAGCAGCUCUUCCAGCCGCAGCGCCGCCGCUCGUCCGUGUCGCCGCACGACUCCGCCUCCUUCGCCUUGGCCCCGCCCGGCGAGUUGGCCGAGGCUGGGGCCGAGGCGGGCGACGGGGUGGUCGGGUCCGGGGCUCCGGCGGCUCCCCUGUCCUCCGCUCACUCGGGCGGCGCGGCCUCCUCCGACACUGACGCCCCCCCUCCUGCUCCCGCCCCCCCCGCAGCUCUGAGCCGCGUGCUGCAGCAGAUCCGAGGCGCCCCACCCAUCAUGAAGAGAGGCACCAGCCUGCAGAGCCGGCGCAGCAAGGCUGGGGGGAGCAACGCCAGCGCCGCGGAGCCCCCCCAGAAGGGCAGCCCGCAGAUCCACCGGCGCUCCACCCAGGAGGUGCUGCUGCUGCAGCAGGCGGGCCGGCCGCGCUCCUCCUCCACCACCGACACGCCCAGCAGCCCCGCCCUGGCCGACAUGCUCAUCAGCUCCGGGUACCACUCCACCGAAGAGUCCGACCGGGUGGACCGUCUGGAUGUGUCUGGGCCGGCUGUGUCUCCCAACGCGCUGUCCUGCGGCUCGGACGGCGCGUACGGCGCGUACGGGCUGGACGCCGUGGACAGCACGCCCGACCCGCAGCGCACCAAGCUGGCCAUCGCGCAGCUGCAGCAGAAGAUCCUCAAGCUGACGGAGCAGAUCAAGAUCGAGCAGACGGCGCGCGACGACAACGUGGCCGAGUACCUGAAGCUGGCCAACAACGCCGACAAGCAGCAGAGCGCCCGCAUCAAGCAGGUGUUCGAGAAGAAGAACCAGAAGUCGGCGCAGACCAUCCAGCAGCUGCAGCGCAAGCUGGAGCACUACCACCGCAAGCUGCGCGAGGUGGAACACAACGGCAUCCCGCGGCAGCCCAAGGACGUUCUGAGGGACAUGCACCAGGGCCUCAAGGAUGUGGGCGCCAAGAUGACAGGUGGCCUCUCGAGCUUCUCCCACGCCACGCACUCGGCGGCAGGCGCCGUCGUGUCCAAACCGCGGGAGAUCGCCUCGCUCAUCCGCAACAAGUUUGGCAGCGCCGACAACAUCGCUGGUCUCAAGGACUCCCUGGACGAGACGCAGGGUGAGGAUGGCGGCGGCGGCGGCGGCAUGCCAGGCACCGGUGCCCGAGCCCUCAGCGGUGGUGGCACCAGCGGCCACAUGCAGUCCAGCCCCAAGUACGGCAGCGAGGACGACUGCUCCAGCGCCACCUCGGGCUCGGCCGGGGCCAACAGCAUCACGGGGGCCCCCGGCGGCCCGCCUAGUUCCCGUGGCAACACGCUGGAGCAGGGCCAGAGUUUGGGCCUCGAGGCGCUCUACCAGGAGGUGCAGGAGCUGAGGGACGGCCAGGCCCGGCUGGAGGAGUCCUUCGACAACCUGAAGGCGCACUACCAGAAGGACUACACGCUCAUCAUGCAGGCCCUGCAGGAGGAGCGCUACCGGUGUGAACGUCUGGAGGAGCAGCUAAAUGACUUAACUGAGCUCCAUCAGAAUGAGAUCAUUAACCUGAAGCAGGAGCUGGCCAGCAUGGAGGAAAAAAUCGCGUAUCAGUCCUAUGAGAGGGCCAGAGACAUCCAGGAGGCGCUGGAGGCAUGCCAGACACGCAUCUCCAAAAUGGAGCUGCAGCAGCAGCAGCAGCAGGUGGUGCAGCUGGAGGGCCUGGAGAACGCCACGGCGCGCACCCUGCUGGGCAAACUCAUCAACGUGCUGCUGGCGCUCAUGGCCGUGCUGCUGGUGUUCGUGUCGACGGUGGCCAACUGCGUGGUGCCGCUGAUGAAGACGCGCAGCCGCACCCUCUCCACGCUGCUGCUGGUCCUGAUGCUGGCCUUCCUCUGGAGACACUGGGAGGUCGUCUCACAGUACCUGGACCGCUUCAUGCUGCACCCCGGGUGACCCGCCCCGCCCCGGACCUUGCCUCUGCCACGGACGGUCACCUUCACCCAGAUU